AUGACGGUCAAGGCAAAGGCUUUGGAAAAAGCGACCUAUAUCUCGAAUGACGAUAUUGUGCGACACCUUGAGGGAAUCAAGAAGCUGGAGGCUAAUACCGAUCUGAUAGGUUUAACAAGACAUCGUGAGAUCGUGGAGAUGCAACUGAAAGAGGAAAAGGAAAAGGAAAAGGAUGAAGAUACACGUAAUCAGAAGAAGAUCGAUGCUCUGAAGGCUAGUCUGGAAAACUUGGAGGCUGAAAGGGAAAAGCUCUUGACUUUGGCUGGCUAUCCGGCCACGGAGGCUUGA